AAAACAGUGUUUUUCGGUUUCGCUCUCAACUCACGUGUCUUUCGGUCGAAGAUGCGUUUCGUUUGUCAUCUUUUGGUCGUUUUCGGCGCCUCUUUGGCCGCCCUUUGCGUCGCUUCGAUGCCUGAAGCCGUAAACGACGCGGAUUUGCAGCGAAUGAAGACUUUGGUGGCGCUGACGUCACCCGACGUCUCCGCCCACCCGUUGGCCACUAUUUACCACUCGUUGUCGGCGCAGACGCUGUUGAAGGAGAAGAUCGCGUUUUCCGCCGAAAUCUGUGCGCAUCUCAAGAGCCAAUCAGCGACUGAAGAGCUUUCCGUUGAAAGCGUUUAUUAUUUGACGUCUUCUUCAAAACUUCUCUCCAAUUGUCAGAUUUCGUCCGCAAAACAUGUCCCGAAACUCGAGUCGACACUCGCGGCGGCGGACGCGUCGGUGGCGGACAUCUAUCGCGCGGCCAUUGCCCUUCAAAACGCGGGCAAAGCGUGGGAUUCGGCGAAAGUGGGAACAAGUCUUUUGGCGGCUCUAAAGCGCGACGAAUCGCUUCUCAACUGCGGUCUCGCCUUCCAAUUGGCCGCAAAGCUCUCCGACUCCGCCCAUCGCUCGCCAUUCGUCGACAAGAUCGGUGACGUCAUGGUUAUGGCCGACGAAGUGGACAACAAAUACGUGCAGUUCGAGGGCGGACUCGGCGUGACGUCAGCCGUCAUUCAGGGCGUCUACCGGUUGGCGCAAAGCCAACCCAACAAACCCUUUCCCGUCACUCACGACACGGCGCGCAAAAUGGCGAACUAUUUGUUGUCUCGAAAAUACGUUUUGUCGCCGAAAAGCAUUUCAGAACUCCUUUCUGUGCUUUCGCUCUUCGCCGACAACAAACACCACAUUCCCGUCGUUGUCGCGCACUUCGGCUCCACAGCCCUCUCCGCCGCCAACCCCGUGCUCACUGUGCGCGUGACCAACGUGUUGGGCCAAUCGGUGGCGCCGCUCUCAGUGACCAUCGAAUCCGCGCUCCGAUUGGACGACAAAAAAGCCAUUUUCCAGAAGAAGCCUCUGAUUGGCGUUCAGGGCGACCCGUCUGUUUGCAGUGGACUUCUUGGAAGG